AGUGCACGAGUCUGUGGAGGAGAGCGCGCACUGACCGGAUUACAGGAGACAGUUAGAAGGCAGCAGAGGACAACAAAGGAUUCAAAAACAAAAGGGGAAAAAAACAAUAAAGAUAUGCAAAAAUGUGUGAUUAAUGUUAAAGGAAUAAGAGAGUGGAAACAGAACAGGAUAGAACUAUUGCCGAAAGGCAAGGCGUACAACAGAGACUCCUGGGGUUACACAUCCUUCCUCCCAAAGAGUGCGUGGACUAUUCAGAAUUGAGGUUAUAAUUCAGAAGUGGAUCGAAACAACAAGCAAGCUGCACAACAAAAUAACUUGUUGUCUUUAAGUGGUCUUCACCGGGAGAUGCCGUCCGUGCACACAUUGACAGUUGCCAUGCCGAUACCAAAUCUUUCGCAGUAGACUACUUGCCAGGGCGGAGUCCAGCCUCCCACCCUACUUAUAGACCUACUGACCAUCUGAUGAUCACUGGUGCCAUGGGAACAGCACGGGCCAACAGGUACAACUUUGCAGCGCCAGAUGAGGAGGGCCUGAAAAUCUCCACACUUGGGCUCCACAACGGCCACAGCUCGCCAAAUAGCCGGUUCCUCUCCCCUAGUGGCACAUCCGGAGGAGAUAGGAUAUCAGGAGCCACAGGUCGUAGGAUGAACAAUUACAACGGAAAGAUCUCUACUACAGGAUCGAGCCAACUAAGAAGUCGCUUCGUCAAGAAAAAUGGGCAUUGCAACGUGGUGUUCUCUAACAUGGAGGAGAAAUCACAACGUUACCUGGCCGACAUCUUUACCACCUGCGUGGACAUCCGCUGGAGAUACUUACUACUCCUCUUCUGCUCGACCUUCCUGUCCUCUUGGAUGUUUUUUGGAAUAAUCUUCUAUUCAGUUUCCAGAGCCCAUGGGGAUUUUGAUGAGCACCCUGGAAUGAGUUCCUCUUCAGGGUUGGAAGGGAAUGGGCUUGGGGUUGGUGAAGUUGAAGGGGUGCAGAAAACGUGGCAGCCAUGCCUCCUUCAUGUGGAGGGCUUCGUCGGAGCCUUCCUAUUCUCCGUCGAGACCCAGACCACCAUUGGUUAUGGGUGGCGCUGUGUCACUGAGGAGUGCCCUGUGGCAGUGAUCACAGUGGUGGUCCAGUCCAUAGUGGGAUGCAUCAUUGACUCCUUCAUGCUUGGCACAAUCAUGGUCAAAAUGGCACGCCCUAAGAAGAGGAACCAGACCCUGCUGUUCUCGAAAAACGCUGUGAUUUCCCUGCGCGAUGGCAAGCUGUGCCUAAUGUGGCGGGUGGGUAACCUGCGCAAGAGCCACAUCGUGGAGGCCCAUGUGCGGGCACAGCUCAUUCGACCCUACGUCACGGCAGAGGGAGAGUUUAUCCCUCUAGAGCAGAGGGAUCUCAACGUAGGCUACGACGAAGGCAUAGACAGACUCUUUCUGGUUUCUCCUCUAGUUAUCGUCCAUGAGAUCGACGAGGACAGCCCCCUGUAUACUGUGAGCCGGGCUGAUCUGGAGUCUGAUGACUUUGAGAUCGUAGUGAUCUUGGAGGGCAUGGUGGAGGCCACCGCCAUGACCACCCAGGCCCGCAGCUCCUAUCUGGCCAAGGAGAUCCUAUGGGGGCAUAGGUUUGAGCCUGUGAUCUUUGAGGACCGAACCAAGUAUCAGGUGGACUAUGCUCGCUUCCACAAGACCUACGAGGUGCCCUCCACACCCCACUGCAGCGCCAAGGAGCUCAGUGAGACGGCCAGCCGGCCUGCCUCAUCCGCCUCCUCCCACUCACUAUUCCCAACCAGCCCCAGAAUCACCCAGCACCUCGUAACCCCCCACUCCCCCAGCGCCUUCUGCUAUGAGAAUGAGGUAGCACUGAGCUGUGGAGAGGACGAGGAUGAACUGGAUAGGCAAAAGGGAAAAGACAGGGGGGAGGAAAGGAGGAAUUCAGUUUCUGUAGACUUUCAUCAUUUGUUUCAGGACACAGCCACAAUGACAUCCGGCAGCAACAUGCUGUGUGUUUUGGACAAUCAGAUGGAUUUUGACAUUCUACAGACGACCAUUACUCGUGAUCCACUGACAUAUAAAAGUGAGUCAGGAAUCUGAGGCAAAGGGAUGGCACCCUCAGACCCUUCCCAACCCCUCCAUGCAUAUAGUUGAAGUCGGAAGUUUACACACACUUAGAGUCAUUAAAACUAGUUUUUCAACCACUCCACAAAUUUC